CUUAUAACACUGUUGUGAGUUGAGAGUCUAGCGUUCUAUAUUGAUUAUACAGAAGAGAGGCACUUAGUGGAGCACUUACAAGAUGAUGAUGCAUCUGGUUCUUCUGACUGCAGCACUGUUCAGUCUACCAUCCUCAGAGACAUAUCGCAUUGUAGGGGGGCAUGAAGCUAAGCCCCAUUCCAGGCCCUACAUGGUGUCACUGCAGAGACAGGAUAAAUCUCAUUUCUGCGGAGGAACACUUAUCCAUCCCAAGUGGGUCCUUACAGCAGCACACUGCCAGGAAGGCUGGUCAAUGGAUUUAACACGAGUAGUUCUUGGCGCGCAUUGGCUGUAUUGGUCAGACAGACCAGUCCAGGUGUUCAGAACACUUAAAUUCGUACAGCAUCCACAAUUCAACCCCCAAACCUUCCAAAGUGAUUUACUUUUGCUUAAGUUAAAUGAUUCUGUCCAUUUCUCACCUGCUGUAAGAACAAUUCCGCUGCCCGCUCCCAAUACAGAUGUAAUUCCUGGGACUGCCUGUUCAGUGGCUGGGUGGGGAUUAACUUCUGAUUCCGGGACUAGACCCUUUGCUUUAAUGGAGGCAGAUGUAGAUGUCAUUAGUCGAAUGUCCUGUAAUAAAACCUGGCUAGGGGGAAUUGAUGAAUCUAUGCUAUGUACAGCCACUCCUGGGGCACCAUUCAAAGGCUUCUGCGAUGGUGACUCUGGAGGGCCACUUGUAUGUGGGGAUCGUGUGGAAGGUGUUGUAUCUUUUUCUGGCAGCUAUUGUGGGGAUCCACACACACCAGAUGUGUACACACGUGUUACAUCCUUCCUUGACUGGAUUCAAGAAACAAUUUCAGAAUUUUGAUCUGUUUCACUAAUCAAUACUUGUACGUGUUUCCAUCAAUAACUAUAUACAAUUCUUUACUGAAAUAUAAAAAUUGAAUCAUCUU